AUGUCAUCAGGUUGGGACACAAUCAAAGAUUCUAAAGUUAUUUCUGAUUUAGAACUUUACAAGAAACUAACAAAAGAGCAAACUGAGCUUAGUCCUUUAUUUAAUACAUAUAACUUCUAUCUAUCGACUUUAGAACAAAUAAAACAAUCUAAAACUAUUUUAAAUGAUGAAACUGACCAAGAAUUAAUUCAAUAUGCUAAAGAAGAAUUGCAUACUUUAAUAGAACAACAAAAAACCCUAGAAAAAGAUUUACAAAUUCUGAUUUUACCAAAAGAUCCAGAUGAUAAACGUAAUGUUAUUAUGGAAAUUAGAGGGGCUACUGGUGGAGAAGCUGGUGGUUUUAGUCAACUUAUUUUUGAAAUUAUAGGUGAAAACGCUUAUGGGAAACUAAAGUUUGAAACAGGUGCACAUAGAGUACAAAGAGUACCAGUAACUGAAGCAUUAAAUAGAAUUCACACUUCCACUGUGACAGUAACUGUGAUGCCAAAGGUUGAUGAGGAAAUUAAUAUCGAGAUAAAUCCUAGUGAUUUAAGAAUUGAUACUUAUCGGGCAUCAGGUGCUGGUGGACAACAUGUAAAUAAAACAGAUUCGGCUGUAAGAAUAACUCAUUUGCCGACAAACAUUGUUGUUCAAUCACAAGAUGGAAGAAGUCAAAUAGCAAAUCGUGAAAUGGCACUAAAUUUAUUAAAAAUAAAUAAAAAAGUUUUAAUUCCUAGAUAUGAAACUCAAGAAGUAGUAGAAUUUGCUUUAACAAAAAUAAAAGAAAAUGAUUCUAUUUUGGAUUUAGGUUGUGGAAGUGGUUAUAUUGGUCUAACAAUAAAAGCUAAAAAACCAAAUACCAAAGUAGUCUGCUCUGAUAUUAACAAAAUAGGACCCAUUUAUAUGACAAGUGCUAAUAUAUCUGGGGAACCAGUUUUAAGCUUUGAAGAAGCAAUAAAAAGAUUUAAUAUAAUUAAAAAGCAUUAUAAUUUUGGAGAAGGUAGCAAUAUACCAUCUAAACUAAUAGAUGUAAAAACGAAAAAGGAAGUGGAGAGAAAAUAA